AAUUUGGAAAAUGGAGAAAUGUUGAAGGAUGGGAGGAGUAGUCGUCAUUAACCCUCUCUUCUCUUGUUCACUCUUUGAUCAUCUCUCCCUAUCUUGAUCAGACUUGUGCGAGAAAUUGGAUCAUAAAAUUAACAAAUCUCUACGUAUCAACAGGGUUUCGAUAUUUGAUUGAUCUACAGAUCUAAAACAUCUAAAUCGCACAUGGGUUUGCCCUAAUUUCUUCAGAUCUCCAUCGUUUUCAUUUGGUAUCCUUCAGUAGCUCCACCAGAAAACAUACCCCUCACCCUGAAGAAGGCCUAACUUUUCAACUCAGGGAAAGUGUGAGAUUCAGUGGUUUUAGUGUUGUUCACAUCCAAAUUUUUUGGAUGGUUAGAAAUUGGUGUUAAGUUGUGGUGAGAUGAGGGAUGUUAUCAAGAUUCAUAAAUUUUCUUAAGGCCUGCUGGCGACCUUCUGAUGGUUCUGAUGCAGCUGGCAGGCAAGAGGGUCUUCUUUGGUUUAAAGACAUUGGUCAGCAUCUCAAUGGUGAUUACUCCAUGGCUGUGGUUCAAGCCAACAUGUUGCUUGAGGAUCAAAGCCAAAUUGAGUCAGGUCCAUUGACCUUUCUUGAUUCUGGUCCAUAUGGAACCUUUAUUGGUGUAUAUGAUGGUCAUGGUGGCCCCGAAACGUCUCGUUAUGUUAAUGAUCAUCUUUUCCAUAAUCUCAAGAGGCUUGCAUCGGAAGAACAUUCAAUAUCGGUGAAUGUAAUACGAAAAGCAUUUCAGGCAACAGAAGAUGGGUUUAUGUCUAUUGUUGCUAAACAGUGGACAGUGAAACCACAAUUGGCUGCUGUCGGAACUUGUUGUUUGGUUGGUGUGAUUUGUAGCGGGACCCUUUACAUUGCUAAUGUUGGCGAUUCACGUGCUGUUUUGGGAAGAGGUGUGAGGUCAACUGGGGAGGUUAUUGCCAUCCAACUAUCGAUAGAACAUAAUGCGAGCAUAGAGUCCAUUAGGCAGGAGCUCCACACUUUGCAUCCUGAUGACCCACAGAUUGUGGUUUUAAAGCAUAACGUAUGGCGUGUGAAGGGCCUUAUACAGAUAUCUAGAUCGAUAGGUGAUGUCUACCUAAAGAAGGCAGAGUUUAACAGAGAGCCAUUGUACGCCAAGUUCCGUCUUCGUGAUCCUAUCACACGCCCAAUAUUGAGUUCGGACCCAUCCAUAUCUGUGCAUCAAAUCCAACCACACGAUCAGUUUCUCAUAUUUGCAUCCGACGGUCUCUGGGAGCAUCUUAGCAAUCAAGAAGCAGUUGAUAUCGUCCAAAAUCACCCUCAUAAUGGAAGUGCCAAGAGGCUGGUGAAAACGGCGUUACAGGAGGCGGCAAAGAAGCGGGAGAUGAGGUACUCCGAUUUGAAGAAAAUCGAUAGGGGAGUAAGGCGACAUUUCCACGAUGACAUCACUGUCGUAGUUGUGUUUCUGGACUCAAAUCUUGUGAGUAAAGCAAGCUCGAAGGGCCCUGUGUUGUCUCUUAGAGGCGGUGGCGUCAAUCUCUCACCGAAAACUCUUGCACCAUUAUCGACCACCACGUAACUAGGUACCGCUUAAGUUUUUCCAGUUAUCAGCCACCAUCAUGUGGUGGAUAGAUUAAAGGGUAUUCCUGCUACCUUGAAAGUUAGCGAUUAUAAUACGGUGAUCGAAGGAAAAACGAGAGGGCCAAAGAGAUUUUGGACACGAAAAGCUUAUUUUGAAGCUAAUCCUUUUAUUCAGAUUCAUAUUUGUUACUAUCGUAUUUGCGUUGUUUUGGUGCAAGUAAGAAUAACAAACGACUCUUGUAUAGUUGUCGAUACGGGUAAUUACGUCGGAUAACAACUUACGUGUA